AUGGAGUCUUAGAAUUAUUCUUUUAAUAAUCUAGAAGAUUUAAUGAAAUCUAACUUGAAAGCUCUAACUUAUAUUGACUUACAGUUUGAAAAUUGUACUUUUGGUAAAGAAUAAGUUGCUCAGCUUAACACUUCUUUAGUCUAAUGUUAAAAAUUAGAAUCUUUAGUAUUAAAUCUAAAAUAAAAUUAAAUUGGGGAUGAUGGAGCUUCUACAAUUGGUACAACGCUCCGUAACUGCAAAUUCCUUACUAUUCUUGUUUUUGAUGUUUCGGAUAAUAAGAUUAGUGAUAAAGGAGCAUAAAAUAUUUGGUUAGGUUUGAAUGACUGCUCUCAACUUACAAAUUUAUAAUUUGCAAUGAACUCAAAUUAAAUUGGGGAUGAUGGAGCUACUACUAUUGGUACAGCACUUGGUAACUGCAAAUCCCUUACAAAUCUCUAUUUUGAUAUUUCGUAAAAUAAAAUUGGUGAUACAGGAGCAUAAUAUAUUGGAUUAGGUUUGAGUAAUUGCACUCAACUUACAAAUUUACAAUUUGGGAUAAACUAAAAUUAAAUUGGGGAUGAUGGUGCUUCUACUAUUGGUACAGCACUUGGUAACUGCAAAUCCCUUACUAAUCUCGACUUUUAAAUUUGGGAUAAUAAAAUUGGUGAUAAAGGAGCACAGAAUAUUGGAUUAGGUUUGAGUAACUGCACUCAACUUACAAAUUUACAACUUGGGAUUGGCUUAAAUUAAAUUGGGGAUGAUGGAGUUUCUACUAUUUGUACAGCACUUGGUAACUGCAAAUUCCUUACUAGUCUCAAUUUUGAUAUUUAGUAAAUUUAAAUUGGUGAUAAAGGAGCAUAAUAUAUUGGAUUAGGUUUGAGUAACUGCACUCAACUUACAAAUUUACAACUUGGGAUUGGCUUAAAUUAAAUUGGGGAUGAUGGAAUUUCUACUAUUGUUACAGCAUUUGGUAACUGCAAAUUCCUUACUAAUCUCAAUUUAGAUAUUUCAUAAAAUUAAAUUGGAGAUAGAGGAGUAUAAUAUAUUGGAUUAGGUUUGAGUAAUUGCACUCAGCUUACAAAUUUACAAUUUUGGAUAAACGAAAAUUAAAUCGGAGAUGAUGGAGCUUCUACUAUUGGUACAGCACUUGGUAACUGCAAAUCCCUUACUAAUCUCGAUUUAGAUAUUUCGGAAAAUAAAAUUGGUGAUGAAGGAGCAUUAAAUAUUGCAUUAUGUUUGAGUAACUGCUCUCGACUUAUUAAUUUAACUUUUAGCUCAGAUAAUAAUGAUAAAUUACUAAAAUCGAGCUCAAUCAUCAACUGUCAAAAUAUAAAGUUAUUGAAUAUUUCCUUAUAAAAUUAGCCUGAAAGACAAACUGAAAUCAAAAGAUUAGCUUAAAAAAUAAAAAGAUUAGUUAAAUUAAAAGUAGAUGUUGAUUGA